UCGCGUUUCCUCUCUCUUCCCCGUCCUCUUUCACACCCCCCCCCCCACGCCCCUCUUCUUAUUUUCCCGGAGCACUCACCGGCGGCAACACGACACCUACACUGCAAGUGACCUCUAAACCUUGCUUUGUUGUGAGCUAAAAGCAGAGAGGCUGUUCUGUUGCUGUGAAGCUUCAAGAGAAGCAUGGGAAAUUGCAACGUUUGCGUGAAAGCAGAAGUGGCAGAAGAACCGUCGAGCAACGACACAAACUACAGGAGGAGGAAGAAAUCUAAGGACAGAGGCCAGAAUCCAUUCGUAGAGGACGCAAUUCACUCGCCAGCUCCGAUCCGAGUCCUGAAGGACGUGAUCCCUCUGAGCCACCGAACUCGAAUCAGCGACAAGUACAUACUCGGACGCGAGCUGGGUCGCGGCGAGUUCGGGAUUACGUACCUUUGCACGGACAGAGAGACGAAGGAAGCACUGGCUUGCAAAUCGAUUUCGAAACGAAAGCUACGAACAGCGGUGGAUAUAGAAGACGUGAGGCGCGAGGUUGCUAUAAUGUCAACGCUUCCUGACCACCCAAACAUCGUGAAGCUCAAAGCGACCUACGAGGAUAAUGAGAAUGUACAUCUCGUGAUGGAGCUCUGUGAGGGCGGUGAGCUCUUUGACCGGAUUGUGGCCAGAGGACAUUACAGUGAACGAGCCGCUGCAACGGUCGCUAGAACGAUAGCUGAAGUCGUGAGGAUGUGCCAUGCCAACGGAGUCAUGCAUAGAGAUCUCAAGCCUGAGAACUUCCUUUUCGCGAAUAAGAAGGAGAAUUCGGUCCUUAAGGCCAUUGAUUUUGGACUCUCUGUGUUUUUCAAGCCUGGAGAAAGAUUUUCGGAGAUCGUCGGGAGUCCAUACUACAUGGCGCCGGAGGUUUUGAGGAGAAACUACGGACCGGAGGUUGACAUAUGGAGCGCCGGCGUCAUUCUUUAUAUAUUGUUAUGUGGGGUUCCUCCAUUUUGGGCAGAGACCGAACAAGGUGUGGCUCUGGCCAUUCUGAGGUGCGUGAUUGAUUUUAAGAGAGAACCUUGGCCUCAGAUAUCUGAUAGUGCUAAGAGUCUAGUGAGGCAGAUGUUGGAGCCAGAUCCUAAAAAGCGCUUGACAGCUCAACAGGUGCUCGAACAUCCCUGGCUACAAAAUGCAAAGAAAGCUUCAAAUGUUCCCUUGGGAGAUAUUGUGAGGACAAGGCUUAAGCAGUUCUCCAUGAUGAAUAGAUUUAAAAAGAAAGCCCUUUGGGUAAUAGCAGAGUAUUUAUCCAUUGAAGAGGUGGAGAUAAUCAAAGAUAUGUUUACAUUGAUGGAUAGUGAUGGAGAUGGAAAAGUAACAUAUGAGGAACUGAAGGCCGGGUUGCGAAAGGUUGGUUCACAGCUGGCCGAGCCAGAGAUAAAGAUGCUGAUGGAAGUGGCUGACGUUGACGGGAACGGAGUACUUGACUAUGGAGAAUUUGUAGCCGUGACUAUUCACCUGCAAAGAAUGGAGAAUGACGAGCAUUUCCGCAAAGCAUUCAAGUAUUUUGACAAAGAUGAGAGUGGGUAUAUUGAGUUAGGUGAGCUACGAGACGCAUUAGCAGAUGAAUCAGGUGAAACUGAGGCUGAUGUCUUGAAUGACAUCAUGCGUGAGGUUGACACUGACAAGGAUGGCCGCAUCAGCUAUGAGGAGUUUGUGGCAACGAUGAAAACGGGAACUGACUGGAGAAAAGCAUCAAGGCAGUAUUCAAGGGAGAGAUUCAAGAGCCUGAGCCUCAAUUUGAUGAAGGAUGGUUCUCUUCAGCUUCAUGAUGGAUUUAGUGGUCAAGCAGUGGUUGUUUGAGUGAAAAGUUACUGUUCUUUUUCUUUCGCCGACCUUGGUGGUCCCUCGCCACUUUCUAUGCUUCAACUUUAUGGCUAGCUUGUAAAAUUUCUCCGACAAAAAGCAAGGGAUUUUAGAUUAUCUGAGGUGUAAAGCGUGUUUAAAGUAAAGAGGGAGUAAGACGAGGUGAGUUUCCAAUGCACUCAAACUUUCUCUGUUACUCUACUUUUUUUCCCCCCGCCGGCGGGGGGGGGGGGGGGGGGGGGGGCUUGUUUCAAUGCGCUUCAUAGGUUCGACACUUCAGAAAAUCCGAACUUGAAAGCAACUAAGCAAGUUCUUUGGGAGGAGCCCAUGAAUGGUGGGAUUGCAUGUAAAGGGUUUAUAUGGCUGGUGACAUGCAGGGCCCAAAAUUGCCAAAUAUUCUGUGUAUAUCUUGUUCUUUCAGUCUAUCUUUCGCGUUUGAUAAUUCCUUUGGUAUAUGUGUUUUCUUUUUCUUUGUUAGUGUGCGGAAAACCAGAGUGCUCUAAUUGUCGAUGUCAACAGUCAAAUGCUCCUAGAAGUCUUAAAGUUUGACAGAAUAAUCAGUCUCUCAUCCACA